AUUGCCUCAAUUCGGAAAAGAAGUCAAUAGAGCUAAUUUCCCAGACCAAAACUGAUCAAAUCCUGCCAAUUCCUUUCCCUGCGGCAAAACAAUCAGGCCAGACCCGCCCCCCUCAACCAGAAAAAGAAUGCCAGAAAACGCCUGACAAAUCUUCAACCGAAAUCCAGGCCUACCGGACUCUGGACCCUCCAAGCGAGGGCAGCCAGACGAAUCCACCAGCUCAAUGCCUCAAACAUCCGAAGGUUAAAUGCAAGAAAAUUGCUGCUGAAGAGGCCGUUCUGAGCCACGCUGGGGUAAAAACCCCAAUGCCCAGCCGGAUUCCACGAGCCAAAAGCAUGAUUGAGGAAAAAAUGGGCUCCGGAAUUUUCGAUAAGGCCCCAACUGAAGGGGGCGCCGUUAAGUCCCAGUGCGCCAAACGAACCCCUAAGGAAGCCAGCUACAGCAGCCUGAGGCAAAGGAGUAAAACCCCUAAGGGUGAUGGUUCGACAGUGUUGUAAAAUGUCCAUGAAUUUCUUUGAAAUGUAUUUUUCUGGUAAACACCUUUUUAAGUC